GAAAAACCAAGCGCUCCCUGACAGCUGUGGGUGGGCGGGGCUUGUAAUACAAGCUGUGAGCGGAUUGGCUGACCGUGGCAGCAGCGGGAUGAGCUGCGAUUGGUUAGAAGUAGAGAGCGGCCUGUCAGUCAGAGAGACGCCCCGCCCACUGGGCUCAGACCGCGGACUGCUCCGGGACCAGAACCCAACGCACUGAUUGUUCUGAUUGAUUGUGGAUUCAUUUGUGAUCAGCUGAUCGAUCAGGUGUGUUCGCUCGAUCAGGUAACGGGAUGUCCCGGCUGCUGGAGAGCAGGAGAGCGGACAGGAUGAAGGAAAUUAACGUGAAGAAUAAGGAGAAGCAGCGUCUGAAGGAGCGAGAGAAAGAGGCGCGGGAGCGUGAGGCACGGUCCGUCAGCGGUCACCUAUUCACAUCACUGACAGUGUCGUCGACCACGCUCUGCUCGUCCUGCAACAGGAGCAUCACAGCCAAGGAGGCGCUCAGCUGCCCAGCCUGUAAUGUCACCAUCCACAACCGCUGCAGAGACAGUCUGGCCAGCUGUGCCAAGAUGAAACAAAGGCAACAGAAACUUGCUCUGCAGAAUGUCGCCCUUCGAACCAAAACUCCAAUGAUGAAGGAGCGUCCGAGCUCGGCCAUCUACCCGUCAGACAGUCUUCGUCAGUCUCUGCUCGGGUCCAGACGGGUUCGUUCUGGCCUCUCACUCGCCAAGAGCGUCUCCACCAAUAACAUUGCAGGUGUCAGUGAGGACUCUGUGGGUCUCAGGAGGAUUCUGUCUCAGUCCACUGAGUCUUUGAACUUCAGGAACAGGACUUUGUCCAUGGAGUCUCUGACUGAUGACGGUGAGUGGUGGUGGAGCCCCCUGCUGGAGGAGCUGCAGGCGGAGGGCAGCUGUGUUCAGGCCGACAGCUGGAGUCUCGUUGUGGAUCCAAACUUCUUGCAGACACUUCAUAAAGACCUCAUCAAACAACAGGAUGUCAUCUACGAGUUGAUCCAGACGGAGUUCCACCAUGUGCGGACGUUGCGGAUCAUGGAGGGGGUGUACCGGCGAGGGAUGCUGGAGGAGGUGAUGCUGGAGGCAGGCGUGGUUCACACCAUCUUCCCCUGUCUGGAUCAGCUGCUGGAGUGGCACUCAAACUUCCUGUCAGAGCUGUUGAACAGGAGGAAGGAGGGUCUGAUGGAGGGCAGCUCCACCAACUUCACUGUCCGCAGGAUUGGAGACCUGCUGCUCAGACAGUUUUCAGGUCAGUCUGCAGACGACAUGAAGAAACUUUACUCUGAGUUCUGCAGUCGACAUCCAAAAGCUGUGAAACUCUACAAAGAAGUUUUAACUCGAGACCGAAGACUGCAGCAAUUCAUCAGGCGUGUCUGUCGUGGUCCUCUGCUGCGUCGUCACGGCGUCCAGGAAUGUAUCCUGCUGGUGACACAGCGACUCACAAAGUACCCCGUCCUCAUCCAACGAAUCCUCGACAACACCAAAGGCAACGAGGAGGAGGCCCAGGCCUUAAGUCAGGCAAUGCUUCUGCUGAAGGAGCUGAUUAGUUCAGUGGACAAGGAAGUGCUGGAGCUAGACCGAACCAGAAGGCUGCAAGAGAUUCAGGCCCGUCUGGACCCCAGGGCUCAGGCUGAGGUCCGUGGAGGAGGAGUGUUCAGAGGAGGAGAGUUGCUGAGGAGGAGGCUCCUCCACGAAGGGACUCUCCUCUGGAAGGUCCAAGGCUCGAGGAUGAAAGAUGUACAGGUCCUGCUGAUGUCAGACAUCUUGGUUUUUCUUCAGGAGAAAGAUCAGAAGUUCACUUUCGCAUCACUGGACAAGUCUCCAGUAGUCUCUCUGAAUAACCUGAUUGUCAGAGACAUAGCCAACCAGGAACGAGGGAUGUACCUGAUCAGCGCCUCCACCCCUCCAGAGAUGUACGAGCUGUAUGCUUCAUCGAAAGACGACCGCAGGACCUGGAUGAGCCGCAUCCAGCAGACUGCUGACAACUGUCCGUCCAGAGAUGAGUUUCCUCUCAUUGAGACUGAGGACAAAGCUUUACUGCGCAGACUCAGAGCUGAUAUCCAGCAGAAGGACAGGGAGGUGUUGGAGCUCCUUCAGGAGAGAGUCACUCUGUUUUCUGACCUGGUUGAGGCGACAGGAAGAGAAGAAGAAGAAGGAGAAGGUGUGGAGCAGAGCACCUCCUCCUCCAAGACCUCCUCCUCCUCCUGCAGGAAUCUGUUCAGGGCAGACACACCUCACACUCCCCUGGCCGAGCCGCUCCUCUGCGCCUCCAUCGCUGAAGUGGACAAACUGACCGAACUGCUGCUGGACUCCAACAUCAACAAGUCCUCUGUAACCAACGGCAACCAGGAACUCAGCAAUGGUGACCCAGGUUCUCUGAAUGGUUCUUUGGACCUGAACAGCAGCUCGUCAAAGGACAGAAACGGGAACCAGCUGCAGGAACGAACUGUAAAUGAGGAAGUCCGUCAACGAUUGGUCAGUCUGAGCACACACCUUCACGCCCUGCAGGCUGCUGUGAUUCGUCAGGACUCGAUACUGGAGUUGUCAGUCGGAACAGCCCCUUCUACUUCCUUAAUCCCUAGCUCCGCCCAUGGGCCCCGCCUCAGUCGGUCCAUGUCACGGGACACAGGGCUUGACGCCGCUGGGGAGGCGGUACUGCUGCGGCGACAGGUGGAGCUGCUACAGGAGGAAGUGACACGGUUGCGUCUAAAGGGGGAGGAGCCAACCAGAGAGGGGGAGGAAUCAGACAGCAGGAAGAGGAGUAAUGGAGAGAUCAGUGAUGUCAUCAAGGGAGAACAGCAGGUGAGCAGAAGGCGUGGCAGCAGGGAACUGGAGCCCCACCCCAUUUCGCCAUUGGCCAUCCAGGAUCCAGUGGACCAAUUAGACGGCGUCCAGGAAGUAAAUGAGCAGGAAGAGGAAGUGAUGAGGAUCUCUCCUCGCUCGGACAGCCCCAGAGACCUGCAGGACAUCCCAGAGGAGAGCGAGUGUGGCGCUGAUCCCAGUUAACCUCACACCUCCACCUGACCACCUCAGGGACCUGCUGAUGUCACUGUGAUGUCAGCAAGAUGUCACAGCCUGUUGCAGUCACUGUCAGACUUGGAGAUGAUGUCAUUUCCUGUGUGAUAGACCAAAUCCGCUGUUGAACUUUUGUUCCUGAAAUGUUUUCUGAAUGUUGCUGUUAGGUUAGAAACGGGAAGUAUAACCAUGUGACCUGUUUACAUCAUCACAUCAGCUGGAGCCCCACCCCCUAAUGCAGCAGUGGACGGGGUUAUACGGGGGCGGGGCUUACAUUACAUUGUUUUAUGAAGCUGGGUGGAGUUUCCUCCUGAAACUCACCACACUACAUUACCCAGAAUGCCUUUGGACAUGUGCUGGAGUCACCACCUGCUGUGGCGGGGGGGGGGGGGGGUAUAGUUGUAGAUUACAUGAAGCUGAAACAUGACAUCACUGCUGUUAGCAUGUUAGCAUGUUAUCAUGUUUCUUUUCUAUGUAUUUAAUCUCAUUUGUCGGUUUGAACCAAUCCGAUCGUUUAACCAAAACACAGCAGCUGCUCUUCAUUACACCAAGCAUGAACAGAGAAGUUAGAUCAACAUCAGACCAACGUCUGAUGAACAUUUCAUUGACUGUCUUUUGUCCUGAGAGUUUAGCUGAUGGUUGAUGAUGAAGAUGAUGAGGAGUUAAUUUUAUUUUCAGUUUUACGAUCACAAUAAAUCAGCUGAUUGCAAAACUAAACAUUCAGUUUAAAAAUUUAAACCUUUUUAAAAGAUGAACUUAACUGAAACUUUAAAAUAUUUUUUUUUAUUGAUCAACAUUUAAAAAAUGUAACACACAAAGAAAUAAUUAUUUUUUAUUGGACAAAGAGUUUCUUCACUUUGACGCCGUUUGACCCUUGGACCUCCACUUCCUGUCUCUGAAUGGAUUUCAACAUAAAAUCCCAAAGUGCUCUCGAUGGUCUUAGACAUGUUGUUUGAUAUUGUUUAUAAAUUAUGACUGAAAUAAAAAUACAGAUCAUGUCGACAGCAGAACGCUAGGCGUUUUCACCUGAGAAGAAAAAAAGAUUAAGAUGUUUAUGAAAUGUUUUUUUUAUGUUAAUGAAAUGUUUUUUUUAUGUUUAUGAAAUGUUUUUUGUAUCAGGUGUAAAAAAAAGUUUUUCAGCCUGAAAUUUGACGACGAGUCAUUUUGUGAUUCAUAACAUCAGGACAAAAAGAGCUUUAUAGACUCCAGGUGAGGCAUCCAGGUGACUUUGUUUAAACUGGAGGCAGCAACAGCUUCUUAUUUUCAUGACAUUCUAAUGUUGGACUGAAGUUUGUGAAUAAUGUUAGUUUUGUUAUAAAUCAGCUGUUUUUAUUUCUGCAGAUUAAAAUCAUAACAACUUUUUAAACAUUCA